UAAAUGACUGCUGUGGCCUCAAAGACCAAGAGAACCUGCUCAGUCAGCUGAAGCCCCCUGUGGACAGCUGUCUCUCCCUCGCUCUCAGCUGAUGGAAACUGCUAGUAACCACUGAAUGGGGGAGAGUGAAGUAAAACCACAGGACCAGCAGCUGCAGCUCCAGUGGUGGCGGCGGCAGCAGCAGCAGCAGCAACAGCAGCAAGCAAGAGCUCUAUUGUUCCCAAGUCUGAAACAGUUUUCUUCCUUUCCAACUGAAAUGCACAAUAGCUGGAAAGCCAUUUCCAGUCUCCCUGCCCUUUGAAGAAAUCCUGACCAGAGGGGCGGGUGGGAGAAACCCUUCAGGCAAGGGGUUCUCCAUUGUGCUGCUGGUUUGAAGAGUGAGCAGGCUCCUGGCAGGCAUGGAGAUGGCAGAGCAGUACAUAGCUUUCCUUGGUGGUGUGGUGGUCUCAGCUCACUCAAGCAAGUGCCUGGAGGUCCUCGCACUUCUCUGGUUUGCGAUCUGGGUCGCUACAGCACAAAGUGAAUUGGAAACUUCAGUAUAUCUGUGGAAGACAGGUCCAUGGGGCAGGUGUAUGGGAGAUGAAUGUGGCCCAGGAGGUACCCAGACUCGAGCUAUAUGGUGUGCUCAUGUGGAAGGAUGGACUACCCUCUUCACAAAUUGCAAGCAGGCAGAGAGGCCUGACAACCAACAGAAUUGCUUCAGAGUUUGUGACUGGCACAAGGAACUGUAUGACUGGCAGCUGGGCAGCUGGAACCAGUGUCAGCCCAUCCUUUCAAAAAGCAUUGAAAAAACAACAGUAUGUGUGAAUGGGGAAGAAGGAAUUCAGAGGAGAGAUAUUAUUUGUGUCCACAAAUCAAACGGUGUGAUAGUUGAGGACGCCAUAUGUGAAUACUUUGAGCCAAAGCCUCAGCUAGAACAGGGAUGUCUCAUCCCUUGCCCGCAGGUCUGCAUUGUAUCUGACUUCUCAGCAUGGACAGAGUGUUCUAAGAGUUGCGGCAAAGGGCUGUCCUACCGUUUUCGCCAUAUUAUAGCUCCCCCUCGUUAUGGGGGCUCUGACUGCCCCAACCUGACAGAGUUUCAGGUUUGUAGCUCAGCCCUCUGUGCCACUGAAGAAAAUCUAUAUAGUCUGAGUGUUGGGUCCUGGAGUACCUGUUCAAUUCCUCACUUGCGGCAUGUCAGGCAGGCAAGGAAACGUGGGAAGAACAAAGAAAAGGAGAAAGAAAGGGAGAAAAACAUUCGGGAUCCAGAAACCCGGGAAUUAAUUAAGAAGAAGAGGACUCAUAACAGGCAGAACAGACAGGAGAAUAAAUAUUGGGACAUACAAAUCGGAUAUCAGACCCGGCAGGUGAUGUGCACACACCGAAAUGGAAAGACGGUUGCUUUAAGUUUUUGUCAACAAGAAAAAUUGCCAAUUACAUUCCAAUCUUGUGUGAUCACAAAGGAAUGCCAGGUGUCAGAAUGGUCUGAAUGGAGUCCAUGUUCCAAAACAUGUUUUGAUAUGACAUCCUCAAAAGGAUAUCGUACAAGAACACGGACAAUCAAGCAAUUUCCUAUUGGCAGUGAAAGUGAGUGUCCAAACCUAGAAGAAACAGAGCAGUGUGUAACUCAAGGAGAUGGAGUGACAGCUUGUAUCACAUAUGGCUGGAGGACCACAGAAUGGACAGAAUGUCGCAUUGACCCUUUACUUAGUCAACAGGAUAAGCGAAGAGGAAAUCAAACAUCUCUUUGUGGGGGUGGGAUUCAGACUCGGGAGAUGUAUUGUGUGCAAGCGAAUGAAAAUCUCCUCUCUUAUUUAAAUACACUCAAGGAAAAAAAAGAAAGUCAAUCCCAGAGAACAUCAAAAACUAGUGCUGCUCCACUUCUAUCCAUCACUUUUGAAAUAACAGCUUCUAAACCUGUGGAUUGGAAACUGUGCACAGGCAAUACUCCCAGCACUACCCAACUGUGCCACAUCCCCUGUCCCAUAGAGUGUGAGGUAUCAGCUUGGUCAGCAUGGGGACUGUGUACCUUUGAAAACUGUGAGGACCAGCAAGCCAAAAAGGGUUUUAAAUUAAGAAAGCGUCGCAUCAAAAAUGAACCCACAGGAGGUACUGGCAACUGCCCUCAUUUGGUUGAAGCGAUCCCGUGUGAAGAGCCUUCUUGCUAUGAAUGGAAAAUAGUGAGCCUGGAUGAGUGUAUUCCAGAUAAUGAGAAAGAUUGUGGACCUGGUACACAAGUGCCUCAAGUAGUCUGUAUAAGCAGUGAUGGAGAAGAAGUUGAUAGACAGCUCUGCAGAGAUGCUAUCUAUCCCGUUCCCAUUGUCUGUGAAAUUCCAUGCCCCAAGGACUGCGUUCUCAGCACAUGGUCUGGAUGGUCCUCCUGCUCUCACACCUGCUCAGGAAAAACCACAGAAGGGAAACAGAUGCGCACCCGUUCCAUCCUGGCAUAUGCAGGUGAAGGUGGUCUUCAGUGCCCAAAUAGCAGCAUGCUACAGGAAACACGCAAUUGCAAUGAUCAUCCUUGUACAGUUUAUCACUGGCAGACUGGACAGUGGGGGCAAUGCAUAGAAGAUACUUCUGUGUCCGCAUUCAACUCUUCUGCAGGUUGGAAUGGAGAAGCCACCUGUGCUGUUGGAAUGCAAACGAGGAAAGUCAUCUGUGUGAGACUCAACAUGGGACAAGUACCACCCAAAAAGUGUCCCGAAAACCUUCGUCCUGAAACUGUUAGACCUUGUUUAUUGCCCUGCAGGAAAGACUGCAUUGUGACUCCUUACAGUGAUUGGACACUGUGUCCUUCUUUAUGUCAAGAAGGGUCAGUUGUUACUGUGACAAAACAAUCUCGACACCGAGUCAUCUUGCAGCUCCCUGCAAAUGGGGGUCGUGACUGCCCAGAGACCUUAUAUGAAGAAAAAGACUGUGAUCCUCCUCCUGUCUGCGUGUUUUAUAGAUGGAAAACACACAAAUGGCGCCGGUGCCAACUUGUACCAUGGUAUGUUCGGCAAGACAGCCCAGGUGCCCAAGAGACAUGUGGUCCAGGACUACAAGCAAGAGCUAUUACAUGUCGCAAACAAGAUGGCAGCCAGGCUGAUAUUGGUGAAUGCCUAAAAUAUGCAGGGCCUUUACCACCCUUGACACAACUCUGCCAAAUACCUUGCCAAGAUGACUGCCUGUUCACAAUCUGGUCAAAAUUUUCUGCCUGCGGUUUGGACUGUGGAUCAGUUAGAACAAGGAAGCGCUUACUAAUUGGAAAAAGUAAGAAGAAAGAAAAAUGUAAGAAUCCUCAACUUUAUCCACUCAUUGAGACCCAAUUCUGCCAGUGUGACAAAUACAAUGCCCAACCAGUUGGAAACUGGUCAGACUGUAUAUUACCUGAAGGCAAAGUAGACAUACUUAUGGGAAUGAAAGUUCAAGGAGACAUCAAAGAGUGUGGACAAGGCUACCGUUAUCAAGCCAUGGCUUGUUAUGAUCAAAGCAGUAGACUUGUUGAAACAUCCCGGUGCAACAGUCAUGGCUACAUUGAGGAGGCUUGCAUCAUUCCAUGUCCAUCAGACUGCAAACUCAGUGAGUGGUCCAAUUGGUCUCGCUGUAGCAAAUCGUGUGGGAGUGGAGUGAAAGUCAGGUCUAAAUGGCUCCGGGAAAAGCCUUACAAUGGUGGAAGGCCCUGUCCUAAGCUGGAUCAUGUGAAUCAGGCUCAGGUUUACGAAGUGGUCCCUUGCCAUAGUGACUGUGGUCAGUAUAUAGGAGUCACUGAACCCUGGAGUGUCUGCAAAGUGACUAAUGUGGACUUAAAGGAGAAUUGUGGAGUGGGUGUGCAAACCAGAAAAGUGAGAUGCAUGCAAAACACUGUUGACGGUCCUUCAGACAUUGUGGAAGACUAUCUGUGUGAUCAAGAAGAGAUGCCAAUGGGUGCUAGAAAAUGCAUACUGCCGUGUCCAGAAGACUGUGUCAUAUCCGAGUGGGGCCAAUGGUCCAAGUGUUCCUUGCCCUGUAAUGGAAGCAGUGUGAGGGAACGCUUAGCAAAGAUCUUAAGGCUGCCUCAGGAAGGAAAGGCCUGUCCUUCUACCGUGGAGACAGAGCCUUGUCAUCUGAACAAAAACUGCUAUCACUAUGAUUACAAUGUGACAGACUGGAGCACAUGCCAGUUAAGUGAGAAAGCUGUUUGUGGCAUUGGGAUCAAAACAAGAAUGCUUGAUUGUGUUCGCAGCGAUGGGAAGUCAGUUGACCUGUUAUACUGUGACAAGCUUGGUUUGGAAAAAACUUGGAAUAUGAACACCUCCUGCAUGGUGGAAUGUCCUGUCAACUGUCAACUGUCAGACUGGUCUCCAUGGUCUGAAUGCUCCCAGGCUUGUGGUCUAACUGGAAGGAUGACACGAAAGAGAACUGUUAUUCAACCUUUCCAAGGUGAUGGCAGACCUUGUCCUUCACAAAUGGAGCAGUUCAAACCUUGCCCAGUAAAACCUUGUUAUCGGUGGCAGUACAGUUCAUGGGAAGAAUGUAAAGUUGAGGAUGCCCAAUGUGGAGAAGGGACAAGAACUAGAAAUAUUUUCUGUGUGGUCUAUGAUGGAUCUAGUGAUGACACUGGCAAAAAAGUUGAUGAAGAAUAUUGCGGGGAAAUUGAACCUAUGGUUGAUGGCAAUAAGAAAAUUGUACUUGAAGAAGCUUGUACUGUGCCUUGUCCAGGUGACUGUUACUUAAAGGAGUGGUCACACUGGAGCAUUUGCCAGCUGACCUGCAUCAAUGGGGAAGAUCUUGGUUUUGGAGGAAUACAGGUUCGAUCACGAGCAGUGAUUGUUCAAGAUGUAGAAAAUCAACACCUUUGUCCAAACCAAGCUUUGGGGACAAGACAAUGUAAUGAUGGCCAUUGUUAUGAAUACAAUUGGAUGGCCAGUGCAUGGAAGGGAUCAUCUCGGACUGUAUGGUGCCAGAGAUCAGAUGGUUUAAAUGUUACAGGAGGUUGCUUAAUGAUGCACCAACCAGAUGUGGACAGGUCAUGUAAGCCAGCAUGCAGCCAGUCCCAUUCUUACUGUAGUGAGACCAGAAUGUGUGCUUGUGAAGAAGGAUAUACAGAAGUAAUGUCUUCUAAUGGCACACUUGAGCAGUGCACUCUCAUCCCGGUGGUAGUUAUCCCCACAGUGGAUCAUAAAGAAGAUGUGAAAACUAGUCGUGCUGUAAACCCCACCCAGACACCUAUCACCACACCAGGACGAGGAAGAACUUGGUUCCUCCAACCUUUUGCCCCAGAUGGGAAGCUGAAGACCUGGGUUUAUGGUGUAGCUGCCGGUGCAUUUGUUUUGCUCAUCUUUGUAAUAUCUAUGGUCUAUCUAGCCUGUAAAAAGCCAAAGAAACCACAGAGGAGACAGAAUAACCGUCUGAAACCUUUAACCCUGGCUUAUGAUGGAGAUGCGGACAUGUAAAAUAAUUGCUUCCCAUUCUUUAAACUUUUGAAACAGUAGUAUUGAAAAACAGCAUGCACAUUGUGGACAUUACCAAACAGAUGUUACACAAGACAAAGGAAAAAAAAGAUAAGAUGGAUGGCUAUGGAUGUUCUAAGGAGGAAUCUUUGUCCGUGACCACCAAUUGGUACAGCAAAUUCCAGUGGCCAUUUUCAGUUGUAAGCACAUCAGCUGAGCAUCUUUAUGCAGCAUUCUUUGAAACAUACAAACUAUAAAACCACUUGCAUAUUAUAUUGAGAUUUGGGAGUGUUGAUACCAGAACAAUCUGCUGCAUUAAUCUAACUUUACUCAGUAAGCAUGGGAAGAUCAUACCAGGUUGUCUAUAAUGCUUUAUAUCCAACAUAUAUAUAGUCAGUUGCAUCAUAGGUUAAAAAAAAUCUCUCAAAUGAUAUACUGGUUAAAACACAACAACUUAGUGUUUAGCAUCUUGUAAACUUUAAUUGAUGAUAACAAACCAUUGAACAAGUUUUGGCAUUUUUGGACGACAUGAGGCAGAUUUCUGAACUAGCUUUUCAAAGGGGUAAAGACUUGCAAAAGUUUUGUCUUGUUACCAGUCCCAGGUACUAAUGCACUACUACCACACACAUUUAUCAAGGAGUUAAGAAUCUUCAGGUUCAAAAUUUUAUACAAGUUGUCUGGACAUUUAAUAUCUAUGUGUAAUACUUUUUACUUUCUCUAACUCUCAAAUUGUUGCCUGGAACUUUUUUGCUACAGAUAAGGCAAUUAUUAUUUUUUUUGCACUAUAUUAGUGCCGCAUGAUAUGCACUUAUUAAUGAGUAUUGCCAUAGAAACUGUCUCUUUUCAGUAAGGGUGAUGGUGAAAAUCCUGCAUCAGACAGACAUUUGUCAGUAAAUUUUUGAUUCCUAAUAAAAGUAAAGAUCGGUUUCCAAAAUGUUACUGGAUAAACCAGCUAACACAAUUACUGUUUAUAUACCAGUCUUAUAAAAGCAGCUGUUUUUUAGUCAAAAUCCUGACAGUGAUGUAAGUGUCUACUUUCAGACUCUGACCAACUUCUACAGUUAGUAGAUUUUUAAGUUGAUUUCUUAUUUCUUUGAAGGUUGUAAAUGACUAGAUUUUUAUAUUGCUAACUUUAUAAAAAAGAAAAAAAGAAAAAAGUGGUUGUGCACUAAUCUUGGGAAAAUACUUAACUAAACAGUGUCCCAAUAUGUUCAAUGGAAGGAAUAUGAAUUUACUACUUAUUUUUCUCCUGCUAAUGGAAAGUAUUUCAUGGAUGAAGGAUUGAUAGUCCCGUUCUUCCUAUUUGGGAUAAUCUGAUAUCUUGAGUUUGUUUGAUUUUUUUUUUAUUUUUUAUUUUUUUGGUGGGAACUUUUUUUUCAGGACAAUGGCUAAUAUAGAUUAUUUUUAAAUAUAUAUUCUGAUUCAUCAUUGUCAGAUACCUAAUCCAAGAUGGAAAAUGUAAUGCGUUGAUGGAACUUUCUCACUUGAAAUGCCUCUAGUUAUUUUAAGAGAUAGAAAUGAUAUUUUCAGCAUUCUUUUGAAUUGAACUAUCAUGGUACAUAACAAACUACAAGCUUUUCCUCCAAUGUGCAACUUUUAAUGUAAACAUUCUGGUAAUAGCUGCUCCAUUUCUUUUAUCUGCUCCCAUCCUGAGGUUUGUAUUAAAACAUGGAUCCAAUUCUAUUGCUAUUCAGAGCCAUUUAACAUUUCCCAAAAAAUAAUGCCUUUCAAACAAUGUUCGUUUAAGCUCCUCUGUAUAUAUCUCUAGUUAUGAACAGAUAAAUAAGCAAUAUAGCUCAUCAACUUUAUCAAACUCCUGUUACACAUGAUAUUAUUAGUUCUGACAUCUCAGGUCUUUGUCAAUAAGCUAAAUCUUCUUAAUAUGUGCAUUAUGCCUGGAGCAUUAUGUAGUGAUUAAUUAAAUCAGGCAAUGUGUUGCCUAUAGCUCCCUCUUCAGACCCUUGCCAGGCUUCCUAACUCAGCAGGCUUUUUAAAAACACUUUUUUUUUUUUUUAAAGUACAGCGGAAACUGGUCCCUGAAUUGUGAAGCACCUGUGGUGGCAUAUCAAAAUCUGCAGGAUGAUAGAUGUGGUUUUGUGAUUAAAGCCCUAUUCUUUUAUAAGUAAUAUUUGACUUAUACUCAUUCAUUUAACAACAGUUUGAAAUUACAAUGGCCUCUGAAAAAGUGAGUUAUGACCUGUCCUCUAAUUUAGACAGACACACCACUCCUGUGGUUAUAUGAUCACAAUUUGGCCAUUCGUCAGCCAGCUCACCUAUACCAUAGUUGUGGUGUUUUGUGGUCACUUGACGGCCUUCCCACAUUGACAGCAUUCCUAUCCAGCUUCCAAAAAAUUGAGAAAUCCAAAUUCACUUAAACAACUGUAUGGUUCACCUAAUAACCAUGUUAAAUUCACUUAACUACCUUGGUGAUUCGCUUAACUAUGGUGGAAAUAGUUGUAAAAUCUGGUCCAGUCAAGUGUCGACUUGUUUAAUGGCUGCAUUGCUUAGCAACUGAUAUUCCAGUUCAGUUGUGGCCAUAAGUAAAAGACUUUGGUUGUGCACUGCACACAACAUGAUGUGAGGUCAUCUCCAAAGCAGCAGCUCUUAGCCUUAUAGAUUGCAACAGGCUCAACAUCUGUAAUGUUAAUGAUCUUGAAGAUUGGGGGGGAGGGGACCCACAACCAGGCAACAAUUGGAUAUAAGGCAUCUGAGCCUGUAAGAAGGAAUGUGGAUGUGGCAAACAUCUCAGAAGGAGCCCUCUCUAGUUCCAUGGGCUGCAAAGGGCAAGGAGACAGAGAAAUGUACUUUCAGACUUGCAAACUUGAUGCCAUUCUUGCAAGGUUGUCCAGAGAUGGAGCACACCCAAUGAACUAAUUGGGCUUCAUUGUAAGUUACAUUGUAACAGCAUCUUGUAAGUCCCAAGGUCAUUCCCACAUGCUUUUAUCACACUUCAAGGAGGGCUGUUUUACAUUUGCAUGCCUGGUGAGCCCUCCUUUACUCAACUAUAAGAUAAAGUAUGAAACAGUAUUCUUAACUCAUCAGUGAAAGUAAAUUCUCCAGACUUGUGUAAUUAUUGUAUAGGGGGAGGCUUUCCAUUCUCCAUGAAGACGUAUACAAACUAUACUGUAUCUAAGGUGAAGCAGAAUAUUUUGGUCUCCAGAAAUUUUUGGGUUUGGGGUAUGCUUUGCAUCACACUCUAAUCUACUCUGACAUUCCUUUUUUCAGUCCAGCAUCUGGGAAAAACAUCACUGGUAAUGGAGGUAAGACUAUAGACAUUACUUACGGUCUCUGGGGCGAACACAAUUGGUAAAAAUUAGGCACCUACUGUAUAACCCCUGCAAAGCCUUCCUCUGCGAUAUAUAUCUUGGGUAUGGGAUGGUUUAGCUCAGUCUUCAUCUUGAUUCACAUUCUGUUCACUGGGAAUUCUGCCACACAAUCUAGCCAUAAUGUUUUCAAUGUUGAUACAGGUUCAGAAAUUGUCUACCCUAAUACUGUUGAAGGUAUUUAAAAAGGUGCCCUCAUAUGAGGUGAAUCUGCAGUUAUCAGCAUGAAGGAGGAACGUUCUAAGCAUCCUUGAGCAACAGCUGUUAGGAAAAUAAAUAAACCAUUCAACCAGUUUACUCACAUUAUAUCUCUCAAAGAUAUUAAUCCAAAUAGAACCACCAAACUUGAUUAUAUUCAACAUGGUAAUAUUAACAUGGUCAUUUGGAAACAAGUCAAAUGUGUUCAGUAGAAUUUAGUCUCAAGUAAGGAGUGCAGCCCAGAAAGGUAAGAUGUGCAAAAUGCUUAGAGUUUUCUUUUAAUGUAAAGAAAGACAAUUAUUUAAAUUGUCAGAAACAGCCUGGAUUGUGUUAAAUUUAGCAAACAAAAAGUAGUAUUGAAUCUCUGAUUGCAAAUAUCUUAUCUGUAUAAGAUGAAGUUGUUUUUAAAAUCUGUUUCUACAAAUCCAGUGCCUAAAUCAGCCACAGCAGUAAAUUGUUAACUUGUAAAAAAUAACAUUUUCAGUGAUUCUAUAUCUUUAAUCCAUCCUGGAAAUACUGAGUGUGCAUUUUCUUAAUUCUGUUGUUUGUAACUUCAGUUUAUAAAUGGUAGUUUUAAAAUAUGAUUACAUUUGCUAGUUCUUCCAACAUUUUCAGUUUUAAAACUCCACAGUGUGACAUAUGUUUUGAGUAUUUUUCCCCAAAUGUAAUGCUGUAAAAUGAUUAAUUUUAAAUCAUGUAAACAACAUUGUAAAAGAAAGCUUUGGAAAGAAAAGAAAUACCUUUUAACGUUUUGUAAAUUUUGCUUGCCCAAAGUAAAAAGAAAAUUCUUUUGCAUAAUGUUCAAUGCAAUCCUGAGUGCUUACUAAGAAAUUAACCCUGUUGCAUUCAGUAGGGUUUAUAUUGACCUAAGUAUGCACAGGACUGCACCCACAAUUUACUUGAAUUUUCUGCUCUCUUUUCCUUAGAUUAUGAACAUGAUGACUGGGGAAAUGUUUACUUUUUGUUAAUUUGUAAGCAUUUUCAUUUUUUAAUUAUGAUUUUUUCUUUUUUAAUGAACAAAACAUUUAUAUGCAGCUGCAAAUGUGUGUAUAUUGUCACCAAACUUUAUUCAGUUA